AUGGAAGUUGACUGUGAGCCAAAUGAGAUCACUGAUAAGCAUUUUGAAGGUUCUGACUUUCAAGAUUUCAAAGGCACAGAUGUCAAAGAUAUGAGACUAGAGGCAGAAGCUGUGGUCAAUGAUGUCAUUUUUGCUGUUGGUAAUAACGUUUCUAAAAUUUUACCAUGUGCAGAGGAUGUGGCCUACAUCAAUAUAAAAAAUAAGGAGGGGAACAGAUAUUGUUUAGAACUUGCCUAUACUGGACUUAGGGUAGUUGGCCAUGCUUUUGACCAAGUAGAUGAAAGUUUAAAUUCUCAGUAUCACAAGAUGACAUGCUCUCUCUUGAACUCCCCCAGCCCAGUGUAUAGGCAGGCCUUUGAAAAUGCGCUGCUGCUGAAACUGGAAGCUCUACAAAGAGAGGCUCAGUCAUGA